AUGGCAAACGACGAUGAUGCCCCCCAACCUCCUCCACGGAAAUCGAGAUUAUCGAAAAUUGACAAGAAGCCCCCGAUCUCUGCUCCAUUCAAUUUCAGGCACGUCUGUCAUGUUGGCUCAGACUUCAGAUCGGAGGAUGUCAAGAGAGCCAUUUCGUCAAAGUCUUUAUUGGAAGAAAUCGACAGUCUCCCUGAGGCACCCCCUCCUCCGAGCCAAAACGAUGGUUAUGAGAAAGUCACGCCCAGACACUCACAGCGGUCUACCGAACUGGUGCCCGAUCCUCCGAUCAGGAGCGAAAGUUUGGAAAAAGUUACGCCAAGAUAUUCAGAGCAGUCUACCAAAUUGAAGCGCGCCCUUGCAAAGCCAGAUGACGGCAAUGGGAAAGCUCCGGAGAAGUCUUCACAGCCCAAGGCCGACUCGAAGCGCACCCUUGUAAAGCCAGAGGACGGCAAUGGCAAAGCUCCAGAAAGGUCUUCACAUUCUGAAGCCGACUCGAAGUUCACCCUCGCAACGCCAGAUGACGGCAAUAGCAAAGCUCCAGAGAGGCCUUCACAGCCUAAGGUCGACUCGAAGCCAGAUGACGGCAUUGGCAAAGCUCCAGAGAGGUCCUCACAGCCUGAGGUCGACUCGGUUUCCCAACGGCCACAGCAGUCGCUUCGUGCAAAAUCUCUCAACCUGGAUGAUGCUAUGCCUAAGGUUGACGUCUCCUGGUAUCAGAACGUCAAUUCAGCGAAAGGCACGAGUGAAACCCCGACUGAAAGCUGCGAGAGCAUUGAAUGGAAAGACACUUCCGAGAUGAGUGUGCGGACAACCAAGAAGACGAAACCCGCUCCUCCGCCACCGACAAGCGAUUCUCCGACGAAUUCCGAGACUAACGACGUCAGCAAUAACGAAGGAAACGUCAUGUGGAGACCUACGAUUCCUAAAAACCCUUCAAAGCCACCAGAAUCAAUCCACUUAAUCAAAACACCGGAGAAAAUACAGCAACCGUCCAUUUCUUCUUCAAUGGUACUUGAACGACCGGACGAUUUGGGCAACAUGAGUUCUCGUUUGAGCGACACAAUUCCUGUCCCGUCGUCGGUAUCAUCUGGAGCGAGUCCGGCCGUAGCACCCCAUUCAGAUAGCUCUCAGGCCCAACACACUAGGCACUGGAUUUCGGAAUUGCCCCCCGAAGAACAGAAGCGAAUCAGUGGAAUAUGGCAGGAAGCGACUGGCGAAACUGAGAUUCCAGAUGAUAGCAUAGCUGUCAGGAAGGCUAUAGCCAUGUUCGAAGCCCGUCUACAGAAGCGUGCGCCACCACCGCGUCCACCUCCACCUCGACGGCAUGCACCUCCACCACCCAUUAAAGUCAAAGUGGACCAAGACCAAGGACGAACUUCUUCGACCGAUACAACCGCUAAAAAUGGUCCCGAUGCAACCAGUCAAAACUCAUCUUCGAUGCCAGACAGUAAAAAUGAUAAAGUCAUCCGGGGCCAAGAUGCUGGAUCGCAUUCUGCUGCUAGCCCUUCUGAACAGGUUCAUGAUCGGCUUCCAACGCCUCUUCCGACAUCGUCACAACAGUUCCCUAUUCCGAAGCCAAGAAUGAAGUUACUCGGAAAGUUGGAGGAGGACCCAGAGAUCGCCGUCACAGAUGCCUCUCACACCUCUAACAUUGUACUACCAGAAUACUUUGUGGAGGAAUGCCUUUUGAGCCUAUCGUUGAAAAGCCCGAAAGGCGUUGAACAUGCCAGUUGUGAGGAGCUGAGAAGGGUCGCGACUACGGAAAAAGCUGAAGCCACUUACGUGUCACGUCAGACGACCAAGAUUACAGUCGAGAAUGUCCGGCUGGAAACUAGUAAAGCUUCCAAUGAGACUUCUCAAGCAGACAAGAAAGGGAACGAUACCGAGGAGAACGUUGUGAUAACUCGAUUUUGA